AAAUCAUGUGGGGACUCUACUACGACGAUGCCUCCCAACGUCGCCAACAGUGCUGCAGCCAAGAAAGCCGCCGCCAAGAAGGCCAAAAGAAAAGUGUCCCAGCGGGCUAAUAAUGCCAAUCAAGUAGAAGCCGCAUCGUCCCAGAUCGAUGAAGGUGACCCAAUGAUACCAUUAUCCUACGGUGUUGUGAAAGACACAGCUCUUCCUGAGGAAUACGGCGACACAAAAUUCAUGAUUUUGGAAAGUGACCCCGACAAGACAUGGAAUAAAGACGACUUUGAUGGGUUGCUAAUUACUACUCAGCCUCCUAUAAACAUGGACACUACCCUCGCUGAUUUCCCGGGUGGCUGGACGGAAUGCAUCAUUUCCGCUCCACUGAAAAGCACCAUUCUUGCAACCCCAGGCUAUCCUCUUACCAUCAAGCAGCCAGACACACGGGCGCAUCGCAUCUCUCCAUCUCCGGGGAAAGGCCUAGGAAUGUUCGCGACGCGCAAAUUAGCUGCAGGCGCGCUCAUACUUUCUGAAAGAGCUCUGUUAAUAACGCCUGCUACCCGGGGAAUAAAGCUGGAUCUUUCGGGCAAGUACCCCGUAGAACAAGCCAAACAAGCGAUGCUCUUUGACUGGGAAAAAUACCUUGAGCAUGCUUUCAAUCGUAUGCCUAAAGAGUAUCAGACGGCUUUCAUGGCGCUGCACAACAGUCAUACUCAGGACGGAAGUGGCCCGCUCACGGGAAUCCUUCGAACAAAUGGCUAUGGCCUUAACGGUUUGCACGAUGAAGGGCGCCCUGGUCUGAAGGGAGCUUACUCGGGCGUCUUCAAUGAACUGUCCCGCCUUAAUCAUAGUUGUCGUCCAAAUACGGAUCGUACAUUCGACAUGGCGUCUUUUGCCAUGGAGAUUCGUGCUGCCCGCGAUAUUGAGGAAGGCGAGGAAUUGACGACGUACUACUCGGAUUUACUCGUCUCGACUGCCACGAGGCAGAAACAUCUCGAACCCUACGGUGUACGCUGUGAUUGUGAAUCUUGCUCUUAUGCUAGCGUAUCCGAUGACCGUCGAAGGGAGAUUGCAAUGAAAUGUCAAAAAGAUGUCCUUGCGGACCGAUUGCACCGAUGGUGCAUGGAUCCAGGUCUAUCUGACGACUUCACACUUCGGGAGGGUGAAAGGCUGCUGAAGCUCGUGGAGGAUGAGGGCCUUGAAGUAGAAACCAGCUACAGCGAAGUUCUGUUUCAUUUGAUCAUGGUUCAUUCAGCGCUGGGGAACAGUGAAGAAGCAAAUCAGUAUACGACUAGGUGGACGAAGGCACACAUCUCCAGAGGGCGCUCUUUCAAAGAUCUGUUUGAGGAGAUCGUGACGCUGAAGCGAGGCCUUGACACUGUUUUAAAUUGUCGUGGAGAAGGUAGUGGGAACGUCGACAGAGCGACAGAGAAAUUGAGAGAGAUGAGGGUCUGAGCUUUUGAAGAUAGUCUUCCUACUUUCCUUCGCGUCUUUGUUCUGAUAAGUAACUUGGAAUGAGAGCAUUCGUCUUCGCAAUGUACCGAUCAAGGAGUAGUAGUAGUCGCACUGGCAAAAGGUCCC